ACGAAGCUCCAGUGAAUCGGUCGGCAAGUAAAACUCUCAGCUCGUAGCUUCAACAGCGCGUGUGCGGGAAUUCAACUCAUAAAGCGAUUUUAGAUAUAACAAAAAACUAGACAUUACAAAGGAUAACAAAAAAAAGCUAUCGAGCUGCAUUUAAUCGUGACUGCGUGAUAAAGCUAAAAUAAUAGUAAUACUAAUAAUAAUAUUAUAUUUUAAAUAAAUAAAGUGUUGAAAGUGAAGCUCUUUGCGGGGAGCUAUAAAGCAACGUAAUCGUUACGCUUUGUUGCAAGCAACUGUUGCAUUGCCAAUUUGCCGAGUGAGUGCCGUGUGUGUGUGUGUGCCUCUUUCUCUCCCCCUCUCUCUCUCUCUUUUCCUCCAUCUCACCUCUUCGUCUCUCUCUCUCUGUGAGAUGUGGCCAAGUUGUCGCGCAUGUGCGGCGCUGCUGUUGCACUGCCUUGGGGCACUGCUCGUCUGCGGCAGCGCCGACGCCUUCACCAUUUUGUCGCCCUUCAGCUACAGUUCGUUGAGUUUCAAGAAUCUCCUGAAUAGUGUCCUGCUAUCGAGCAAUGCCAAUUUGGCUGGCGGUGGCCGUAACCUCAAAUCUGAUGUGCUCGAGGAUGCCUCACUGAUAACGCCGAAAUUAAUACGAAAAUACGGAUAUCCAUCGGAGACACAUACAGUGGUAACCAAGGAUGGAUAUAUACUGGAAAUGCAUCGCAUACCAAAGAAGGGGGCACAACCAGUGCUCCUCAUGCAUGGCAUACUGGAUACCUCUGCCACAUGGGUGCUAAUGGGUCCCAAGUCGGGAUUGGGUUAUAUGCUCUCUGAUCUGGGCUAUGAUGUCUGGAUGGGCAACUCGCGAGGCAAUCGCUAUUCGAAGAAUCACACGAGUCUAAAUAGCGACUAUCAGGAGUUUUGGGACUUUACAUUCCACGAGAUGGGCAAAUACGAUCUGCCAGCCAACAUUGACUAUAUACUGAGUAAAACUGGCUACGAACAACUCCACUAUAUUGGCCACUCUCAGGGCACGGCCAUCUUUUGGGUUCUGUGCUCCGAGCAACCUGCCUACUCACAGAAAAUCACCUCGAUGCAUGCUCUGGCGCCCAUUGCCUACAUCCACGACAUGAAGAGUCCGCUCUUUCGCACCCUCGUCCUGUUCCUCGACUUUCUGACGGCUGCCACGCGAAUGCUGCGCAUCACGGAAUUCAUGCCGAACACCAAAUUCCUGGUGGACCACAGUCAGGUUGUUUGCCACGACAAUGCCAUGACGCAGGAUGUCUGUUCGAAUAUCCUGUUUUUAGUCGCCGGCUACAAUUCCGAACAGCUGAACAAGACGAUGCUGCCCGUCAUGCUGAGUCACACUCCUUCCGGUGCCUCGAUCAAACAACUCGAACAUUUUGGUCAGCUGAUGAAGUCGGGACAUUUUCGUAAAUUUGAUCGAGGAUAUUUAAGAAAUCAACUGGAAUACAAUCGCAUGACACCUCCAGAUUAUGAUUUGUCGCGUGUCAAGGUGCCAGUUGCCUUAUACUAUUCGGUGAACGAUCUGCUCGUGUCGACAACAGGCGUUGAUCGAUUGGCCAGAGAGUUGCCCAAUGUGAUAGACAAGUAUCUGGUGCCGAUGGAGCGCUUCAAUCACUUGGACUUCCUUUGGGCCAUCGAUGUUAAGCCGUUGGUCUACAAUCGUCUGGUGCGGAACAUUAGGCGCGUGGAGAACCAUCGGGCCAAGUUAACGGCCAACUUGGCCAGUUAUCUGGCCAUGCAACUGCAGCGUCAGCAUCUGCAGAUGCAUCAAAUACAGUUGCAGGCAACAUUGCAGCCAAACUUGCCACCAAAUGUACAUACGCCGCUGAGAGUCGAACAGGAAGUAACAUUAACCACAUCACCGACAUCGACACAGCCAACGACAGUCACCAUGGAGGAUGUUGUGGAUGCCACAACUAGCACAUCCACAUUGGAAGCUCGCGCCGAUUCGUAUUCGGAUGCGGAUGCGAAUGCAAGAGCGUGACGUGUCCACUGAGCAGAAACGGUGUAAAAUUCUCGAGGUUCUCUUUUGUGUAAUUUCAUUUGACUGUGAUGACAUUUUAACAAUUUACGCUCAGCUCCCAGCGUUUGAGAUGGAGUUGCAACUGCACUUGCAACAGCAUCAACUCAGGCACGCCCAAUAUACAAUCAUAAUAUUAUUAUAAUAUUAUUAACUUGGCGCACGACACACCAUAAUAAAAUCUUCAACUAAAAUCAAUAAAUCCCAUUUACCAUUUACAUAUCACUAAGUUCUUUAUAUGCUGCCUAGUUUGAAAAUGUUUUAUUUAUGUUUUUUGUGUACAAAUUUAUGAGUAACUGUAAUUUUAAUGUAUUCUUAAUAAAUGUAUUUUAAGUUUAUAAUAACUAAAGUUUUUUAUUGAAGAAUUUAUA